CUUUAAGCUAAAAUUGUAAUCCCAUUACCCAUUCUUGUGUAGUUUUUUUAUUUGUGUAUAUUUUAUAUAAUGUUUAUUUCAAGAUAAUUGCUAAAAUCACACAUCUGUUUUAAACUGUCACAAAUUUGAGUUAAAAACCACAACCCCCUAAAGAAAAGUAAAUCAAACCACAUGAAAUUUAGUUUGAUCUCCUGAAGUAGCCAUUAACAUUUUCUGCAGACAAAGUGCCUGCAUUCACUGACCAAAGCUUCGGGCCCUGUUAGGUUCAGAAGAAAAAAAGACAUGUAGACUACAAGAACUUUUGUCAGUCUUAUUUAUAAUGUGCCUAUGUGCUAUGUAGAGAGACAAAGGCUGUGUCUCGAAACCUAUUGAGCUGCCUGCUUCACCUAACGCGUUCGGCGUCAGUUCAACUCACGCAAUGCGCCCGUGAGGCUAUCUAGGUAGGCAGCACGCUAGGUUUUGAGACACAGCCCGAGAGUUAGUGGGUGGACGCGUGGAGGGUGUGCUUGCGUGUGUAGGGGUUGGACUUUUCCGAGGCCAGGCUCUGUGUAGUCGAGCACAAGUCUCACUCGACGUCAUUCGCUUUCGAAGGCGAUUGUCGGUCAUAGUGACUGACUCCGGGCUCGCGGAUAGUCUGCCGUCCUUUUCUCUCUCCACAAACUCACUGCCGACCUUCCUCAUCAGCUGCGAGAGUUUUAUCGGUACCGACUGUCAACAAUAAAACAAAGAUCCAUCCCGAUGCUUCAAUUUAUUCCUCCACUUGAAGUAGACGAGUGUCAUUGGGCCUUCAUCAGGAGUUCCCGUUAAAUUGCACUCCAACUUUCCGCUGCAACAAAUUACACUAAGUAGAGAGCCCAAGUGGAGAGGAUGGUGAAACACGUAUCUAAAAUGUUUCUACAAUAACAGUAAGACUACAGAUUUGAGUGUUUUUCUGUCUCUCCCCUCUCUUAUCAUAUGCUUUUAAAGACCCCGUUAAGGGAAAAAUUGUGUUUUGUGCCUGUUAGUUGAUAUGUGUUAAUUUUUAACAAAAAUCUCUUUUAUUUAAAAUUUAAUUAAUUUUUCUAAUCUGGGAAAAUGGACUAAAAUGAUUGAUUACUCAUCUUGAACUAGACAGUUUUUUUUGUCUAAUGAGAUCUCUAGAAUGUGAAUGCCCCUCCCCUUAAUUAAGUGCAACUGACUAACAAUUGCAAGUGAUUGUUAAUGGCUGUGGCAUAACUAAUAAUCAUUUUCUUCACAGAUAAUUUUUUUAAUGCUAUUUUAUAAACCCUCAAAGACUGACCUAGUGCAAACUAGGUUGUUAAUCAAUGGGAUAUGCCUUUUUUAGAAUAAUUGUGUUCAACAGAGGAAUUUCUGGUGAAAACCACAUUACCCAUGAUUCUGCAAAAAAGAAUGAAAACAAGCAAAUCAUGCCAAAACAACUUUUAGUGCCCACCCACUCCCAUGAUGCAUUGUGAAUGACGUAAUCGAGUCAGUGUCUUUACACUUUCUCUACACAGUGUCUCUACAAAUAUUUGUAUGAAUAAUAUGCAUGCUUUGCAAUUUUUCAUUCAGUUGUCAUUCGCUUCAUCAUUAAAGUCGUUAAUUAAAAGUCUUGUUCUUUUGUCUUUUUAUCUGUUUUUCAAAUGCUUGUUUGCCUUAAAUCAAAGUUUGUAAUGUUGUGAUUCACCUUGUAGCUGGUUGGUUAGGUUCAUAGCUUAUGACUCUUAAACAAAGACUCUUAAAUCCCUGUGGGGAAAAAUAGCAUCAUCCAUUCCAGUAGCAUCAUCCAGAUCACUCUUUCACGCUUCAUGACUGGUGUUGUCCUUUAUGUGUGUGCAAAUUAUUUAUGUCUGUAUUUGUGCUUGUCAUCUGAUGCACCCACUUGCCAUUAGUGAAUCUCAGUGUUUCUCAGUAUACAUUCGACUUUGUCUAUGUUUGUGCUUUUGUAUCUGCAGGUGUUUGAGAGCUAGAGACAGUGUGAGUGUGUGUUUGUGUGAAUCAGUACCCUCCGGAUCUGAAAUAGCACUGUGUGGAGGUGAAGGGGGAGGGGAGCUCUGAAGCACAGGCAUGGAAACGUGCAGAUCCUGUUACAGGAUCAUAAUAUCACUGAAAACUCUGCGCUCUGUGCUCCAUCCUCUCCGCUGCACUUGUUCGCCUGCUCACACCAUCCUUUCUGCCGCAUUCUCUCACUCUGCCUCCACCAGUACACCAAGUGCCGAAGCUCCGGCGUCACACCCGGUCCCUCAUGUGCCGUAUGUGUUAUGUGUAGGAUUGGAACAGAACGUACAGCCUGCCUAGCAGCCCUGACAUAUUUCCAGGCUCUGCUCUGACAACUCAGUCGGAGCUCUCCUCCGGAAAGGUCUCUGCCUUCAUUUUUACGCUAAUUCCACCGUUAUCCGGUGCUGUGUUUCAGAAACGUACUUACUGGCUGGAGCCAUAUCCAGGAACUAAGUUGCUCUUUUGCAAGUGUCCUUUAAAGGUGGGCUUCUGCCAGCCAUUUUGUCAAACUCUAUAAAGCCUGUCUUGCACUAUAGACAUUUUUUGACGUUGUGUCUUUUCCUCUCCUUGGAGAGUUUUCACUCAGGAUCAUUGCUCAGCGCUGGUGCAUUAGGGAGCGUGGAGACAGGUUGUCUGUUUAUGAAUGUCUCUUUGCGUGAGGGAACACGGUGUGCUGCCCCAGCACUUCUUACUGAGGAGAAUUCAAUAUUCCCCUUUUUCCUCAUUCUUUCUGUUCUCUUCCUGUGGUUAGUAUAUCCAGGUCAGGAGCCAAAGUACAGGUUGAACAGUUAAUUCUUGUAAAGGCAGCUGACCAGCUUAUGGAGUAAAAGAACCAAGAGAACCAAGAAGCCACAGUAGUGGUGAAGGUCUCCACACUUAUAUUGUCUAUCUCUAUAGUUGGGUAUCAUUAUACUUUUUAGUUCCCUUCUUAGUUCUCCAUGCACUUUUCCAACAUGACAUUGAUCCUACACACAUCUAAGGCCACUGUUGGAUUUCUGAAGAAGAACAGGGUGAAAGUGAUUCAGUGGCUCCUGAUCCGAACCCAAUCGAACACCACUGGGGAAUUCUGAAGAGACAAGUUGAGCAUCACUCUCCAUCCAGUCUCUAAAAGAUCCAUCUUUUCACACUGAGGACAAUUGAGGGACUCAUACGCAAGUAUUAAAAAAAGGUUGAAACAAUCACUGAUGCAUCAAGAGCCGGGGGCUGACAACUUUUGAACAUUAUGUCCAAAUUUUUCUUAUUUUGUUUAAAUAUCUUUUUUUUUUUUGUGUCCCCAUUUAGUACUGCCCUUUCAGAAGCAACAGAAGACGCUUGCAGAAGACAAAUUAUGUAUAAUUUACCUUGAUCUUCAAUCUCAAAGUCUACACCCCCUGGUUCUUAAUGCAUCGUGUUUCCUUCUGGACCGUCAGUGAAUGUUUGAAAUGUCCCUCAAUUGUCCUCAGUGUGAAAAGAUGGAUCUACUAUAAAUGUUAGCACCUCAGUACAAGUAAAUAGACAAAUAAAGUGAAAAUUAUCUUUUCAAUCUUCUUAAUUCCUGAAUAAUAGUUUCAUGCAUGUUAGUGGGGUAAAACAGAUAAAUUACAAACAAACUCGCUUUUAAAGACAGAAAAUAAGCUUUUGUCUUUGUAUAUUGGUACUUGUGCUUGUCCUUUGAUGACAUUUCCAGUAAGUGAAUAUAGUGAGCAGCCAAUCUGUACUGGCUUUUACAACACAUUCUGGGAAUUUCUAGGGAGUGAAUGUUUCAGUGCACUGAAGUGAUUUUGACAAUGGAACAGAACAGGCCUAGAAACUCCCUGGCCAGUGUACUUCUGUACUAGGGAGCAGAAUGAUACACACUUUGACCUUUUACACUGAAGAUGAAAGUGAAAUGAUGGAGGGAAGCAGAAGCAGACAGAGGCAAAAUCAGAAGGAAUGUGUAGGGUGGGGCGGCAGUGGCAUUUGAGCGCUGCAGACAGUCGUAUCCACUCCUCAGCGUGAGUCACAAGGACGCGUUCAGCUGCCGUGGCAUUCCUCUGUGUGGAUUACUGUGGGAAACUUUAUUUGCUUGAGACUUUCUUGAAAGCUUCAGACAAUGGCAUACAGUUCUAGGGCUACUCUGGAUAUAUGUUGGGUAAAGGGGCAAAGCGGAAACUAGAUGAGGAUGAAGAGGGGCUGGAAGGCAAAGCGUUGGCGGCAGGGCCCGGAGCGAUGGUCGACGGGCUCUCAAAGGUCUCCUACACGCUGCAGAGGCAGACCAUCUUCAACAUGUCUCUGAUGAAGCUGUACAACCACCGGGCGCUCACUGAGCCCAGCUUGGAAAAACGCGUGCUCAUCAACAACAUGCUGAGGCGCAUCCAGGACGAGCUGAAGCAGGAAGGCAACCUGCGGCCUCUCUUUUUCCCUCCUUCCCCUCCACCCGACGACCCCGUGGAUGAGGGUUUCCGUGAGGCGCAGCCUGCCUUUAGCGUGUUGUCCAUGGUGGCACCGCCGCUGUCCCAAUCCACAGCACUCUCCGCUCCAGUUCUUACAUCGCCUUCGUCAGGGCUGUCAAACCCAGCACCUCUGGAGGCCUGUCUCACCCCAGCUUCACUUUUAGAGGAGGACAGUGUCACGCUUUGCACAUCACCCUCUCCGCUUGCUCCUCCUCCUCCUCCGCCAACCCUGCCCAGACUCCCUUUACCUGUGGCCAGAGACAGUUUUUCUUCUGCCCUGGAUGAGAUUGAGGAACUCUGUCCUUCGCCCUUACCUACAGCUACAUCAGCGCCCGGUGCUACCUCCCACUCGUCCCUUACAGUGACCCUCCAAAUGCCGUUGUGUCUCCCCAGCUUAAACUCAGGGGCCUUGGACUCCAAAGACUGCAGUAAGCCUUGCAGCCCAAAGCUUGAAGGGCUGGUCCCGCUGCCCGAGGAAAGCUCGGCGGCCCCCAGUGCACCAGAAACUCUUCCUCCUAACAACCUGGACAUGAGCACCUCACCCUCCGCCUCGUCCUCGGGCUUUCUGACAGACCUGGCCCUGGACGACAUUCUCUUUGCAGACAUUGACACCUCCAUGUACGACUUUGACCCCUGCACCUCAUCCUCAGGUGCCGCUCCCUCAAAACUGGCGCCCAUGGUGACGGCGGACGAGCUUCUCAAGACUCUUUCGCCCUACAGCGGUGCUGCUCCUGCUGUCAGCUCAAACCAACCUUUCAAAAUGGACCUCACUGAACUGGACCAUAUUAUGGAGGUGCUUGUAGGAUCAUGACCGGGUUUAGAAGGGAACUGGGGAAGACAAUGCAAAACCAAUCAAAGAGUUUUUAAAUAGAAACUGAGAAAGAAACUGAAGAAUCACUUUGUGAGUGUUUGGAUUUUUUUUUUUUUUUUUUUGUACAGUUUUGUGUUCGUUUUGUUUUUAAAGACAAAUGAAACUGUCCAUUUUAAUGGUGAUGUUGCCCAGUACUACUUCUCAACACUGUGCAUGCACUGUGCUUGCCUGUCCCAAAAAUGAACAUGAAGAAAUUUUAUGGAACACACUUUGGCCUCUGGCAUAUCUGAGUGCCUUCAUUUUUGACCACUUGGUAAAUUACUCUUUGUUUGUCUUGUCCCAUUUUUUUUCCUCAUCAUUUCUAAUCGAACAAGAUGGAUUAUCAGGCAGUAGCAUCUCUCUUACCCCUCCUCAGCAUACAGGUGCAAAAAUGUGCAACGGCAGCCCUAUUUUCAUAUUUUUCUGUCAUUUUCACAAAGCACAAUUAUUCUAAAAGAGGAACUUGGUUAUUUUGUUUGUAUGUUUUUCUAUCAAGAGGUGUUUUGUUGCCUUUUAGUAAUAUUCAAAAUAGUCUGUUAAUAUGUGGUCAUUUAUUAAUUUUUUUUUUAUAUAAAUAUUCAUUAAAGGGAUAGUUCACCAUGUACUCACCCUCAUGUCCUUUCAAACCUGUAUGAGUUUCUUUCUUCUGUGGAACAUAAAAGAACAUAUUUUGAAAAAUGUUUUUUUUUUUUUUUUUGGUCCAAAUAAUGAACGGCAGUGGGGUCCAAUGUUGAUUUGCACCCCACUGACUAUUCUUUAAAAUAUCUUUUUAUGUUCCGCAGAAGAAAUAAAGCAAUGCGUGUUUGAAAUGACAUGAAGUUGAGUAAAUGAUGAUAGGAUUUUCAUUUUGGGUGAGCUACCCCUUUAAACUUCCUUCAGUGAAACAUAUACAUUUAUGAAAUGUACUCAUUUAUGGAACAUGCUUUACCAGGUUAUUUAUACAUGGAUGUGUGUAGUGGUCUGAUAUUUACAGUCAACCAACCAAAUUUCUUGUGAUCUGCCAUAACGGCUCAGAUUUCAUGUGUUUACAUCUCAGCUGGCAAUGUAUUUUUUUUUUUUUUUUUUUUUUUUUUUUUAUUUAACAGGUGCAUUUCUUUGAUUAGCCAAUGCUAAAACCCCUUUAUGCUACAAAUAAUGUAUGCAAUCAAUGCCUUCUGAUCAGUAAUAAGCAAACUGUCAACUUCUCUCAGUCAUUUCCUUUUUAUCGGAGUCAAGGAAUUGCCGUAACUUCCCUAUUUUGGCCUUUGUUUUGGCUUUAUAUCAUAACUCUGACUCAGUGGCUGGUUCAGUUUUAAUGCUACACUAAUGCACAUCAAGAGGGUCUGUGCAUGUCUGUUCAUGCAAAAUGAGGAAAAAACUUUGUCGCACAUGUAAGUUUCAUUUUCAGUCAUUUCCAUCAUCAUAAUCUUUUUGCCAAACAUUUCCUUCAUAAUCAUCUCUCACCAGUACAACGGUACAUUUCUGUUAACAUACUAAUGCAUGCAGGAUUAUAGCUCAUAAUUGUACAGAUGUCAGAUGAUUUUUGUAUGGUUUGGUCUUAUUUUAUCUUAUUUAUACCAUUGUUUGUUUGAGUUUUAUUAAUGGUAAUGUUCCAGACAGACUCUCUCUCUGUUGCCCUGCUGGGUUUUAGUGUCGUUUGGCCAGUAGGUAUGGUCACAUUACAUUUAAGUGGAGUUUAUUUGGGGGAGUUUAAGUAUGCAAAAGUUUGGCGGGAGAGUAUUAUGCAUGUAUUUGCAAUAGACGGCACAGUAUAUUCGCUAAAACACUUGCUAUAAACCACUGAAGUUGAUCAGAUUGGUUGGAAGGAUUAUUUUAUGUGCAUCUGACAUAAAAGGGAAGGGACCAUUUAUCAUAUCACCUGUAUUAGUUUCACAUAGCUGUUUGUCGCACUAAACUAGCUCUCAUUAAUAAUGUUAGAUUUACAUACCGACAAAAACUGUGCAUUAUAUGCCUUCCUGGUAAGUGCAAUGUCAGUGAGGGAAGAAAACUUGUCAAAUGUGUAUUUUUAAUAAGUAUAUUAUACUUAAAAUGUGUGACCAUUAAUAAUCUGAGAUUUGAACUUCCUGUCACAGAGACCUAAGCUAGAGGUGACGGUUUGGAUUUGCUACCCAGAGUUCAAAAGAGAGAUUGUCUGAGAAAUAAAAACACGAGUGAAUGAGAGCAGAGCGGACAAAACUAUGGAAUCAAAACUAUGAUUACUGUUUCUUAUAGGAUUUUUGGAUUUGGAGUGUUUGUUUUAAGUUAUUUAUUUUUUUGUUUCCUGUGUAAAUAUAUUUAUUUUUUAUGUUAAGCUAACAUCCAGAUUGUAAUUUGUACAGAAUAUGAGAUAGGAAUGUAUUGUGCUUAUGGGAAUGUAUCACUGCUUAUUAAUUGGGGUGGAAGCCAUUUUUUUUUUUUUUUCAUCUUGUUUUAAUAAUGCAUUAUUUUGUGUCUGUUUAGUUUCUUGUAUUAUAAUUUGGGGGGGGUGUUUGUGCUAGUCGUCUAGUCAAACACUCCCUGCCGCUAUUUAAUUAUAAGUAUUUAAUGUUUUAUGUAUUUCAGAUUGUGUGCAAGGGAAAGGUUUGUGAAGCAAUACUUUAUUCUCUACAAACUUCAGAAUUUCAAUCUUCCAAAGCCUAUUUCUGGGAAAAUCUUUUUGAUAACCCUCAAUGCCAAAUGUAAAAAAAAAAGAAAGGCAGCAUGAUUUCUGAUGAUAUUGGUGGUUGUUUUUUAACGGUAUCUCACUGUCCCAUGGUUCAGGCCAUACAUUCGGGGAAGUUUAAAGUGGUUUCAGGAUAGUGACCACUGGGAUUGUGUGUGCGUGUGUGUGUGUGUGUGUGUGUGUGUGUGUGUGUGUGCGUGUGUGUGUAUGAGAAACAGAGAGACAAAAUGUGGUGGAGGGUCUAAACCCUUUUUCUGCUCUUUAAGGAAGGCUGUAUCUUCAUGCCUUGGAGCUGUGCCUUUUUCUAUGCAAUAUUACAGACACAUUCAUUUUUAGAAAAAUAACCCAUCAACUGAUGAUCACUGUAUUUGCAUCAAGGUGUGGACUGUAGAAUAUAUAUAAAAUAUGGACAUGUGUCUAUGAAUUUGAAACAGUCUUACUUUUCUAGUUUUAUAUCAUACAAUAAACGGAUAAAAAUUA